AUGUCUGCCAUCGUCAAUCGAGUGCGAAACCUCCUUGGUUGUUGCUCAGAGACCGUUGUGACAGAAAUUGUCCAGCCGGCGGUCAUGGGCGACCUUGAGCAGAGCCCGACGGUUCCCAAGCUCCCUUACCUCUCCGUACAGGAGCACCGUACAUCAUCGUCUAUACUUGGCGCAGCAGGGCCGUGGAUGUUUGCCAACGAAGAGUCUGCAACGUUCCUCUUGCCACCGUUAGAGACGGCGAGCGAUCUGUUGGCUGCAAACCUAGCGACGAGUCGUGCCCUGCGCAAGUCCCCAUGCCUCUGGCUGAGCUGUUGGUCCUUGUGGCCGGCUGAAACAGCCCAACAAGGGGCCGCUGGGAUGCCGGAAGAAGCAGGGAUCCACAAGACGGCGUUAGACGUAGCUCUCGCGCCACAGCUAGAUAUCGUCGCCAUGAUCGACCAGGGUAGACCAGCAGCUACUCCCGUCUUUCUCUUUGUACCAAAGACGGCCCCAAUCUCUUCUACAGACACUUUGCAUGCGCGCGUGCGCGGACUAGUGGAAAGGUUGGCGAAUCUGGUCCCCUUUGACAGUGUCCCCUCAGUCUUUGGGCCUUCUACUGUCUCUAUGACGUUUUCGAGGAUGUGGGAAGAGGUGACAGGUAUGAAGCAACGCCCAGAGCCGAGCAGAACCAUGCAGCUGGUUCACUGCAGGCCGAGGCCACCAUCGUCAUCAUUAUCGGCGGUGAACAAAGGCGCUCAAGAAGGGAUAUCGGGCGGUGCUAAAGUACGAUCUUUGCUGCGAAUUCGCGUGGCCAGCUUGGAGGAUGUCAAGGAACUGGCCGAACUACUCCAUAUAAUGACGAAUGCGACCCCUAAUCCGGUUACAAUAGAUGCAGAAGCCUUUGCAUCUCAUCUUAUUACCUCGAGCUGCGUUCACCUUCUCGAGGUUCUGGAGGAACACAUCUCAUCCAGUUACUGGAGGGUCGUCUCUGUUUGUGAAAUUGCACGACACGGACGACGCUCAGCACGUGUAGGACGGAUAUACACGUUGGCAGAUGUGCGUAGGCAAGGCUACGCGACAUAUCUAUUGAAAUCUAUAUUAGACUCACUCUUUCAGACGGGGACCACUUCUGUGUUUGCAUACCUUCCCGUGGGAGAAGCACGCGCCGAAUCUCUGUUCCUACGGACAGGGUUCCACUAUUCCGAGCAAGAAGAAUUUGUCGAAUGGGCCUUUGAGCACGCUGGGCCAACAUUUUGGUAA